CCUCUUCCACCGCGGUCGCCUCUGCCGCGCCGCCGCCCGCCCUCUUCUCCUCCUCCUCCUCUCCCCUCCUUCCGCUUAGCCCGCCAUCUCCUCCUCCUCCUCCCCUUCCCUUCCCUCCUCCCGUCCUUCCCGGCGGGCGACGGCGAUGGAUGGACGGCGAGCGACGGCUGCGGAGGUUGGCACCCUUCCCUUCCCUUCCCUCCCCCCUCCUGCCGUUCCUCCCAUUCCUUUCCCUCCUCCCUUCUCAUCCCCUCGUGCCUCGUGGACGGCGGGCGACAACGGGCGGCGGCAGAGGUGGGCAGGGGUGGAGAAAUCGCCCAUUAGAAAACGGAAAAAGAGAAACGAAUUGGAAAAUUGCAGCGAUUACCGGUGCCUGACGGGUGGUGACGCGACUCGCCUGCCAGUGACAGAGAGAGGUAUCUCAACUCCGUUAUUGUACCGAGAAAUCAAGGACAGAUUGGUAAUUUUCUGUAUCAAUGGAUGCGCUAAAUGGUUGGGAACGUCGAGCUUGGAAGGCUGCGGAGUGAGGCCCUCAUUAGAGUUUGGGAGGAAAGAUAUAGAGAGAGAGAGAGUAGACUUAAAUCUGAUUCAGCUUCCCCCUCUCAAGGAAAAUGGCCGAUUCCAAAAUCUACCAUUUCGAUGAGGUUGCCAAGCACAAGGGUGCGAAAGAUUGCUGGCUGAUCAUCUCCGGAAAGGUUUAUGAUGUCACUCAAUUUAUGGACGAGCAUCCUGGUGGUGAUGACGUUCUGCUAACAGCAUCUGGGAAAGAUGCAACCAAUGAUUUCGAAGAUAUCGGUCACAGUAAUGCUGCCCGGGAGAUGAUGGAUAAAUACUACAUUGGAAAGAUAGAUGCUUCAACUCUUCCCACAAAGGAUACUUACGUACAGAAGCAGCAGGUAAUCCAUAAGCCUGAUAACUCCCCGGAGUUCGUGAUCAAAAUAUUACAGUUCCUUCUGCCCGUAAUGAUCUUGGGGUUAGCAUUUGCCGUCCGAUACUUCACUAAGGUGGAUUAGCUGUGUUGCCAUCAUCAUCCUUUCCCUCUGAAGCUUUGGUCUAAUGGCGGAUGAAAGCAUUUACCAGUCCAAGACUUUGGCAUUGUUUCUGCUGUCAUGGCAUGCAUUGCCUUGUUAAGUUGUGCUUGUCUAGAUCUGUCAUAAUUGGAUUGUGUGUGUUUUUCUUGUACUGGAUAUUCUUCAGCUUUCUAAUGUUGAAUCCCAAAAAAGUAGAAUUUAUGGAAACCCAUGCAUCUGGAUUUCUUCUUUUUGA